AUGGACACUGAGAUGCCUAACCUCACUCACCUAGGUUCACCGAUUCCCCAGAUGGCCCCCUCACACCUCUUUGGCUACGCUGCUCUCGUUUCCAAGUCCUGGGCAAGCACCACAAUAGCUGUGGCGCUUGUUGCAGGGUGGGUGGCCUUGUGUGCUUCGCUCCGCUUCAGACGCAUCGCCAACUUCCAGAAGAAGAUGGGCUUCACCGAUCGCGGCUCCCUUGCCAGCAUGACCAACAGCCAGGCUCAUCUCAUCAUCAAGAACCUGAUUGAAUUCGAAUUCCCCAAGAUGUACAUACUGUCUCUCCAGUUCGCCAUCUUCAAGACCUACGGUUUUGAGUCUAUAUCCAGGCUCAUUGUCGCUACCAAAAACUUGGCCGAUCCUGCCAACGCCCAAAAAAGAUACGAGGACACCACUGUUCUCUUUGGCGAAUUCUCCCUAAAUCCUCCCACCUCAGAGCGUGCCCUCAAAGCUAUCUCCCGCAUGAAUUACCUACACAGCCGCUAUAUAGCUGCCGGCCAGAUCUCCAACGCCGAUUUUCUCUAUACCUUGGCCGUCUGCGUUACCGAGCCCAUUCGCUUCAUGCGCCUUUACGAGUGGAGGGCCCUGUCUGACAUGGAGAUCUGCGCCAUUGGUACGCACUGGAAAGCCAUCGGCGACGCCAUGGAUAUCCAAUACAAAGGGUUCCUUCGCCGGCAGUCCUGGGUCGACGGUAUCGAGUUCGUCGAGGACAUAACCGCCUGGGCCGCCGAAUACGAGAUUGCCGAAAUGAAACCCGCCAGGGUCAACCUUCAGGCAAGCUCCCAGCUAACUGAGAUGCUCCUCUUCCACGUCCCCGACUUCGCCAAGUCGUUUGCUCGGGAGGUGUUGUAUGUUCUCAUGGGAGACCGCGUUCGUGCUGCUUUCUGCUUCCCCGAACCCGGCAUCGUUGCAUGCCUCACCGCCUACGCAGCCCUCGUCGUUCGCCGCUUCAUCGUCCGCCACCUGAUGCUGCCGCGCUUCAUCCCCGUCGUUUUCUUCUCGGAACCGGACCCUGACACAGGUCGCAUUCUGCACCAUGACUACCUCGUCCACCCGUACUACAACCCAGCCACUUUCUGGAACCGAUGGGGGCCCAUCGGUCUCGCGACCCGGCUUCUGGGAGGAACGGUGCCCGGCCCGGAGAAGAUGAUGCCGCAGGGCUUCUUGUUCGAGGAUAUUGGCCCCAAGGAUAAGAUGGGCAAGGGCUCCGCUGAGUUGGCCGAGGGCGUCGAGCUGCUCCAAGGUCUUCGACGUGGCGCCUGCCCUUUUUCUGCUCCUUGA